AUGUCUGUUCAAGAAAAGAUUCGCCAGCGGUUCCCGGACACUGUGUACAAGCCUUUAGUCCACCCAGAGCGGCACUUGGGGUUCAACUAUACCGGGUUUCAUCCCGGAAAGACUCAGAAGCUUCCCAGGGGCCAUGUCAGAUCCCCCGGGUCUCAGGCUUUCCCGGUGGACGUGACCUGGGAACAAGAUCGGGCGAUUCCCAUGCGGGAUGGAAUCAAGCUGUAUGCGGACAUCUUUCGACCAGCAAACGAGCACGAGAAGGUGCCUGCCAUCCUCCCCUGGGGUCCGUACGGGAAAGUCGGCACGAGCACGCUGAACUACGACAACAUGGGGCCAUGGCAUAUUGGAUUACCGUAUCAGAACCUUAGCGGAUACGAAACAUUUGAACUCUCUCACUUUGAUCUUGAUUGGAAGGGACCGAACCCGGCGGAGUGGUGCUCGAGGGGUUAUGCUAUCAUCGAUGUCGACGCCCGAGGCAGCGGUAAUUCCGAGGGGGCUCUCAUGUUUUGGGGAGAACAGCUCAAUUUCGCCGCUCGCUUCAACCACCCGAACCUCAAGGCCAUCGCGCCAUGGGAAGGACUGACCGAUCCCUAUGGACAGCAGUCCUGCCGAGGCGGAAUCCCCAGACUGGGCUUUGCUGAUCUGAUCGUCCAAGCAUUUGCAGGCCGAGGCAACGCCGAAUAUCUGAGCGCAAUGGUCAAAUCGCGACCUCUCUAUGAUGACUACUGGGACGAAAAACGAAUCAGACCGGAAAACAUCCGUGACAUUCCGAUGUAUCUGACGGCCUCCUACUCCACCGGUCUACAUUGUGAAGGCUCCUUCCAGACGUUUGAACGCGCACAAACAGCUCGGAAGUGGCUUCGUGUGCACGCGUCCCAGGAAUGGCAUGACCUGUACCGACCAGAGGCAACGGAUGACAUGCAACGUUUCUACGAUUUCUACGCAAAGGGCAUCCAGAAUGGGUGGGAGGAUGAUACACCUCGGGUCCGACUCAGUCUGCUGGGAUAUGACGGCAGCUAUUCGGGCACGGUGGUAGAGCGUGCGGAGAAACAGUGGCCCCCUGUCCGUCAACAAACGAGACGGUAUUAUCUAGACGAAAACAGCAGCCUCACCAGGACGAAGCCAAGCACUCCGUCCCAGGUGGCUCAUGAAGGCCAUUCUCUGAGUGAUUCCUCCGACUUCAUUGUCUACUUUGACAGAUGCACUGAGGUCUGCGGACGGCCGUUUGUGAAGCUCUACAUGUCCUGCGACGCAGCAGACGAUUUCGACGUGUUAGUGCAAAUCCGCAAGAUCUCCUCAUCCAGAGAGCUCCUCAAAUCCCUGAACUGGUUCUCAAUGCCCAAGCCCGGGCCCGAGCGUCAAAGUGAUUAUGAUGAUGAGGUCCCACAGUACGGCCACAAGUCUCGUCAGCCCAUUCCACCCGGUGCCGUUGUCUCGUUGCUCAUUCCUAUCUGGCCAGUCGGAAUGGUCUUCGAGGCAAGGGAGAGUUUGAUGCUCCGGAUCUCCGGCCAUGAUAUGGCUCUCCCCGAGGCUGAAGCUCUACGGUUGACAAGCCCUGUUGAUGAGAAUCGAGGUAGACACACUGUAUAUACCGGCGGAGAGCAUGAGAGCUAUAUUGUGAUCCCGGCAAUCACCAACUAG